AUGUUGGAUUGGAAUGGUGCAGCAACAAGUGAUGAUGAUGAUUAUAUGUCUGAUACAUAUACAGCUGUGGAUGUACGACCUGGAAUUGCGGAAACUCAAACUCAACGGCGACGUUUGAAAGUAGAGGCGAAACAGAUGGGAAAUAUUGAACGAUUACGAAAUCUACCAAAACGUUCGGAAAUGGAGAGAAAGAUGCGCGAUGAUGCAUUAGCGAAGCCUGUCAGUGAGAAUUCGAAAGGAUUUUUGUUACUGUCCAAAAUGGGUUACAAGUCUGGGAUGAGUUUGGGCGUGGAAAGAGAAGGUUGCAGUGAAGGGAUCAAAGUACCCAUUGCACUGGAGCUGAAAACAAAUCGUACAGGAUUAGGGCAUGAUACUGAAGAGGAUGAAAAACGAAAAAAACGCAUGGAUCUCUACCAAAGAGUUGUACUGGAAAGAGCGAAAGCUAAUGAAGCACUUGUGGAUGAUUUUUCCGUAAGAAAACGCUGGGCUGCACGUAUGAAACAGCUACUGAAAGAUUUGAAAGAAAGCCGGAAAGUAUGCCAAGAAUUAGAUGCCAGGAGUGGUCUGGAACUUCCUACAUCCUGUUAUUUUUGGCCAAUAUACAGGAUAAAGAAGGAGGAAGAUUCUUCUCCAUUAAUGAAGAGAAGAACUGCAGAAGCAGAAUGCAUUACAGAGUGUUUCACAUAUUUUAACGGAAAAGUGGCACCAGAUGAUUUGAACGCUGAUGAGUUGUCAGAGAAUGAAAUUGUGGAACGGUUAACGGAACUAACGAAAUAUCUAUAUGGUGCUCAUUGUUAUUGUUUUUGGUGCGGAGCUCAGUAUGAUUCAAUGGAGGAAUUAGAAAAUAGUUGUCCAGGAAGAACAAAAGAAGACCAUGAAGGCUGUGAUGAAGACAGUUAG